AUGAAUAGAAUAUCAAAUAUGGCGAGAAGCUCUGGCUUCAGGAGCAGCAUUAGAGCACCAGCCACAGCCACAACUACAACCACUCCACUCCGCUUCUACUCGGAUGCCACUGCCACCACCGCUGAACAGCCUCUGGCCGGUGAAGCUCGGAUCAAGCAGAAGCUAUCAGACACCUUCAGCCCAUCUAAGCUCCAAGUCAUGGAUGUCUCUGGCGGCUGUGGCUCUUUCUACGCUAUAAACAUCGCUUCAGACUCCUUCAAAGGCCUAACAACGGUUAAACAACAUCGUUUGGUUAACGAAACCCUUAAAGAGGAUAUCGCUGGUAUACAUGGUUUGCAACUCAAAACAGCCGCUGAAUAA